AUGGAAUUUGGACUGCUGCUCGCAUACCUUGCCUUAGGUACUAUGGCAGUAACUCCAAUUUAUUAUGGAUCAUUUGCUUCUGUCAAAUGGCCAAAGUCUAAGCAAAAAAACAAAAAACAAAAUCUUGAUGCUGAUUCUUCUUCAGAAGAAGAGGAUUCUACAAAUGAACCUUUAACACUUCGAGACGCUUACCUAUUCCCUAUCAUUGGAGCCGUAACCAUUGUUGGAGUUCUUAUUAUUAAGAAUACAAUUGGGAUCAAAUAUCAUACUUAUAAAAUUGGAUUGUCGAAAAAAGCAAAAGAAAUUUAUAGUGUCAAUUUCACUGCAAUACAUAUCGCGGCGUUUUUCUUUUCACUUUUCCUUACUAUGUUUUAUGUUGCAACUAAAAAUUGGAUUGCAUCAAAUAUUUUCGGUUUGGCCUUUGCUUUUAAUGCAAUUCAGAUCUUAACUUUGGAUUCCUUCCAAACUGGUAUAACUCUUCUUAGUGGAUUAUUUUUUUAUGAUAUAUUUUGGGUAUUUGGUACAGAAGUGAUGGUAACAGUGGCAAAAAGUUUUGAUGCUCCAAUAAAAGUGGUUUGGCCGAAACAAUUUUUCGGAUUACAACCAGAAGAAGUUUUACAAUUCACAAUGUUAGGAUUAGGUGAUAUCGUAGUACCCGGUAUAUAUGUCGCACUCUGCCUUCGCUUUGAUCAUAGCAAUUAUUUAAAAAAGAAUCCUAAUGCAAAACGAUAUUCAAACUUUCCAACUCCUUAUUUUAAUACAUGCAUUACUGCAUAUAUAUUGGGUCUUGUUACAACCAUAGUUGUGAUGCAUACUUUCAAAGCCGCUCAACCAGCAUUACUUUACCUUUCACCUGCAUGCAUAUUUUCUGUACUUACCACGGGUUUAUUUAAAAAUCAAUUGAAAGAAGUUUUUAAUUAUUCGGCUGAAGAAAAAGAUGAAGAUAAAAAUAAAAAAGAUAAAAAAGAUAAAAAAGAUGCAAAGAAGAAAAAAGAUGAUAAAGGUUCAAGUGAAAGUGAAGGUGAUGAAGGACCAGUUAUACAACGUAAUAUUAAAGCUGAUGAUAAAACUAGUGAUAUUUCAGGGACAAGUGUAGAUGAUGAAGAUUAUAAUUAA